CUGAGCUCUCGGCAGCGGCAGUUGUCAUGGAGAUUGACUUGGGCCCGGCGUCGUCUCCUGGUACCGUUGCCAUGGGGACUCGGGUCCGGAACUCGCUUUCUGCGGUCGAGGAGGAUGAGGGCGAGGAGCUGCACCGACACCGCAGCAAACACCGCGGAAACUUCUCCAUGCUGAUAGUGAUCGGGGACAUCGGCACCGACCACCAGCUGCAGAUCGUCAAACAGCACAUUGAGCGCGGGAUCCGCUCCUGGAACAUUAGUCUCGAAGAAUGUGAUUUGGACCAACAGCUUCAACUCUUCGUAUUUAGACACUCCGCCCAGUUUUCUGCAGAGGUCAAAGGGCAAAGGACUCUACACCACAGAAGUGAUGUACUUGAAACAGUUGUCUUAGUCAAUCCAUCAGAAGAUACGGUUCUCUCUGAGAUCCGGUCUCUUGUGUCUGACCCAGCUGUGCACAAACUACUGGUCCUGAGUGGGCAGAACUCGGACCAAGGUGACCUGGUUCUUCAAACUGGGGUGUUUACUCAUCAAGCUGUCUCACGUGUCUUGGCUGAUCCUGGGGUUGUUAACCUGCUGGAAAAAGCAGUCCCAGGUCAGCAGGCAACUCUUACUGUGUCCUGCCAGGCUGAGGCAGGUUGGACAUCACUGGGACAGCAUCUGAGGGAGGUUAUGGACUUCAAAUUGAAUCCAGAGCCCAUACUCCCCAAAAUGGAAGGUGUUACAGAGUUCACAGAAUACAUUUCUGAGACUGUAGAUGUCCCAUCCCCAUUUGAGCUGCUUGAGCCACCCACAUCUGGAGGAUUCCUUAAGCUAUCCAAGCCUUGCUGUUACAUCUUCCCUGGUGGUAGAGGGGACUCUGCUCUGUUUGCAGUCAAUGGCUUCAAUAUUCUGAUUGACGGUGGCUCUGAGAGAAGGUCAUGCUUCUGGAAGCUGGUCAGACACUUGGAUCGUAUUGAUUCCAUUCUUCUCACCCACAUUGGUGCUGACAACCUCCCUGGUAUAAAUGGACUGCUUCAACGGAAGAUAGCAGAGCAAGAGGAAGAGCAAUCACAAGGCUCAACUACCUACAGUGACUGGAUGAAGAACCUCAUCUCACCAGAGCUUGGAGUUGUGUUCUUCAAUGUACCAGAGAAACUGCGCACAUCUGAAUCAAACUUAAAAGUCAAGCGCAGUAUUGAAGAGGCCUCUCUGACAUUGCAGUACCUUGACAAGCUUGGAAUGACACCCGAGCCUCUUUUCCGAGUAGUUAGUAAUACAAUUGAACCUAUCACUCUUUUCCACAAGAUGGGUGUGGGCAGGUUAGAAAUGUUUGUCCUCAAUCCUGUGAAGGACAGUAAGGAAAUGCAGUUUCUUAUGCAGAAGUGGGCUGGUAACAGCAAAGCAAAAACUGGGAUUGUUCUUCCCAAUGGAAAGGAAGGAGAAAUAUCUGUGCCAUACUUAACAUCCAUUACAGCUCUUGUGGUAUGGCUUCCUGCCAGUCCAACAGAGAAGAUUGUUAGAGUUCUGUUCCCUGGCAAUGCUCCACAGAACAAAAUUCUCGAGGGACUCGAAAAGCUAAAACACCUGGACUUUUUGCGAUAUCCAGUGGCUACUCAAAAGGACAUUGCUUCUGGGGUCUCACCCUCUGUUAUAAAACAGCCAAAAUUAAAGCAAAGGGCUGAGAGCAAAGAAAGUCUUAAGUCAUCUCCCAAAACACACACACCUACCAAGAUUGUAAAGAAGGAACCUGAAGAAGAAGACACAUCUGUUCUUGAGACAAAGACUGAAACUGUCAAGGAGAUCAAAGCUGAGAAGAAAGAGGAGAAAAAACACACCCGACCAUUAAAACCAAAAACUGAGGUAACAGAAAAGAAAAAGUUAUUAAAGGAGAAAUCGAUUAAAAAAUACACCAAAGAAAGAGCGACUAAAAUGGAUGAGAAAAAGGACAAAGAAAAGAAGGACAUCAAGAAAGAUAAACAUGAACUAAAAAAAGAUGACUCUGUGAAAAAAGAUGAGAAAAAAAUAAAAAGCAAAGAUGUUUCAAAACCAGAACUGAGGAAAAUAACCAAACCUGAUCUAAAACCCUUCACACCAGAAGUCAGAAAGACUCUUCACAAGGCAAAAACUCAAGGGAAACCCAAAACAACUAAGAGCAAGACUCCUAAGGUAGAGCCUAUCGCAGAACCAGAGUCCAAGAAAGCUGAGUCUGAAAUUCAAGAAAAUGAAACAGCAGAGGUUAAAUCUGUUCCCUCAACUCCAGAGGAUUUGACAAAAGACUUUGAGCAGCUCAGAGAAAAUGGCAUCCAUAUAGAGCAUGACCAUGCACCUGAAAAAAUAUCAGUGGAAAAAGAACUUGGACCAAUCACGGACACUACUGCUGAGAAAGAGGAGGUCAUUGAUUCUCAGACAGCAAAAGAAUUGCAGGAACCAAGCACUCAAGAUAAGGAAGAAGCACUAGCAUCAUCAGAGAUCAAAGAAGAACCUGAGAAAUCUGCAGAUGAGUGCCAAGUACAUGAGGGUGAUAAAUUUGAAGAUGAAGGGACUGCAAUAGAGGAUGAAGAAGAGGAAGAGGAAGAAGUGUUGACAGUUGAGAAGAAGACAGUAGAAGAGGAAGAGGACAUGGGAAUAGGGGAUGAAGAAGAUGAAACAAUGGUAAAGGACGCUAAAGAUAUGGAGGGAGUUGACAGAAAACAUGAAGUUGAGGAAAUGGAAAAACACAAAAGCAGAGAAGAGCUUACAGACAUAACAAAGACAGAAAUUGAGGAAGAGCAACCUGAAGAUGAAUAUGUCAUUGAAAAAGCUGAGCUGGAGGAGGCAGAAGAUUUGGAUGCCAUUGCAGAUGAAGAAAUCAAAGAUGUCACUGAUGAAAAAGUUCUAAAGGAAUGGGAGUACAAGGCAGGGGAGGAUACUCAUGCAGCCAAAGAGGAAGAGGUUGCAGCCGCAGUUCAAGGAGCUGCUGCAGCAGAGAGUUUAUCCUAUAUUCAAGAUGAGACCAUACCUGGUUACUCAGAAACUGAGCAGACAAUCUCAGAUGAAGAGAUUCAUGAGGAAGCAGAGGAUAGAAUACACCACCUUCAGUAUGAAGUCAGCACAUAUGAUGUCUCAGUACCAGAUCAACCAGGGUCAUUUGAUGCAAUCCAUGGAAUGAAGGAAAUGCAAGCAUUGGGUGAUGAAACGGCUAAAUCAUUUAUGAGUAUCCAAGAACAUGCUAUUUCUCUGUAUACCAGCAUAAUUGCUGCUCCACUGGCAGAGGAGGAACAUGUUUCUUCAGCAACAUCCAUCACUGAGUAUGAAAAAGUGUCCUCUUUUCCGACCUCUGUUACUGAGGAUCAGUCUGCGGCAUCUGUCACAGCACCUCAGACUGAAGACACUGGAAAAAGCUCACUAGAUUUGGACACAGUAAACAUUGUACAGCCCAUAACACAAACAGAGGCUACUCAAGGAAAAGACUACUUACACUCUGCUGGAACCAUCUCUCCAACAUCCUCCCUGGAGGAGGACAAAUGCUUCAAAUCACCUCCUUCAGAGGAAUGUCCACCACUUCCCCUUGAGGGGAAAACAGAAGAACUCGAGACCAUUGUUCACCACGAUGAAGAUGAGGAGGAUGAGUAUGAAGAUCAAACACCAAACGUUGACAUUUCUCUUGGAAAACUACAGGAAGGAUAUGCUGUAUCCCAGAAACUGGAAGAGAAAUCCAAAGAAAGUGACAAGCCCAAGAGCCCUGAGCCUGCUCCUUUGGAGUCCACACUGGACAAAAAAUCACUGUCCUCUCCUGACCUAGAGGAAAGAACAGUUUCACCAAUUAGAGAAGAUAUAAUUUCCAAACAAAUAGUUUCAGAUUUGGGUAGUUUUCCAGAGACUGAAGAUCGAUGCUUCAGUCCUGAUGACAGCACUGUGAAAAUGGCCUCUCCUACUCAAUCUGGACCACCUAGUGCCACCCACUCCCCUCUUCGUCUUUCACCAGUGGAAGAUAAAGCCAAGGUGUUCCCUGAACCAUUGCAGCAAGAUCAGGAGAAACUAGGCUUCCCCUCAGAGCUUAAAACUGAUGAAAGUGAAAAACAAAGAAUACAGACUGACAAGGCAGAUGAAUACAAAUCAGAGAAAUCAGACAUCAUUGCUGAAACUGAUAAAAAAGAAUUAUGGGAUCAGGAACAGAAGGAACAGUCUUUGGCAAAAGAGGAGGAAAAAUCUCAAGACACAAAGUUGUCCAGCACUGUAACAGCUCCACUGACACCAAAGGAGGAGAUUUCAUUAAAAAUGGAAGAUUUAGUGCCUGAUCAAGAUGUAAUUAAAGGAGGAGCAAAGGCAAUUGGAGAUGGUGAGGAUAAAUAUCAUGACAUUUUUCAAGCCAAAACCUCAGAAGAAGGGGAAAGUGGGUCUCUUGAUAUUCGUGAUCACACUGAUGAAACAGAUGAGAAAAAAGAAAAAGAAAAGGAGCUUUAUGAAGAUGAAAAAGAAAAGGAGGAGAAACAGGAAGAUUAUAAGCAAAUCUCUCUCCCAGAAAUCGAAAAAGACACAGAUGUGUCAGUUUUAGAAUCUAAAGAAAAACAGACAGAACAGCAGGAAUCUAUAAUAUCAGGAUCAGAGAAAAUAGAUUUGCUUCCUAAAGAGGAUGAGGUGUCUCACAAAGUGUGUGAUAAGACAGAAAGCGACACUAAGCAAGAUCAAGAAUCUAAAGAUAAGGAAGUUCAGCCUCAAGUUAUAGAGUCAAAACCAGAAACGUCUGACUUUCCCAGCAAACUGGAUCAUGAAACAAAAGAAACAGAUGUGGUCACUGAACAACCUCAAGAUUUACAAGUAUUACCACAUACACAAGCUGAAAAAUUGGAGGAAUCUUUGCCAGAAGAUGUAAAGAAAGAGCAACCUGAUGGCGAAUUAAUAGUAUCGGAAAAAACAGAUAAAUUAGAUGAGAUAAAGGACACAAAACUAGAAGUUACUGAAACUAUAACACUGCAGCCCACUCCACAAGAUGUUGAUCUAUGUCAACAAGAGUCUAAAGAAACAGAGAAAGAAGUCUUGAAGCCCCAAACACAACAUUUAACUUUGGAAACAGCAGACCUAACCUCUGAAGAAGGUGUGGAUAAGAGUCAUUCCCAUUCUUCAUUGCUAGAAGAAAAAACAAAACUGGAAGAAGAAUGCAAAGAAAAGACCAAAGUAGACUUGACCUCUGAAAUACAGCAUCCAGAAUCACCGAAACAUGUUUCUCCAGUAACAGAUAAACAUGUAGUGGAGACUGAGACAAUUAUAGGAGUAAAAGAUACAAUGAUAGAAUCAAAACAAGUUCAAGAAUCUACAGAAGACCAAGUAGAACAAAUACAAACUCUGGAAGAUACACAUUUAUCAUACAAAAUUGAGGAGGAUGCUUCAAAGAAACCUGUGGAUGAAAAAAUGGAAGCUAAAGAUGAACACAUAACAGAAAGUCAGUCUGAAGACUUCCAGGUACCCUUAGAGGAAAAACCUUUAGUGGUGAAAGAGGAUGAACUGUCUAAACAUAAGGAGGAAAUCGAGACUCAGCUUAAAUCAGAGAUAACAAGCAAACAUGAUGAAGAUUCCUCAGAGAAACACGAAGAGGAACCACAAUCUAUAACAAAUCUUAGUUCAGAACAGACAGUAAUACCUCCCAAAGCAGACAAAUCAGAUCAAUCUAAAGUCGAAAAACUAAGCACAUCUGAAGCACCCACAGAUAAAGACAAGACCAAGGAAGAUAUUACACCAACAGAAUCAAUCCCAGGAAAAGCUGAUGUGUCCCCAAAAGCUGAUCAUGAGCCCAAGGAUAAAGAUAGAGAAGAUUAUAAAUCUAAAGCCUUUGAACCUAUUUCUGAGAAAACUGAUUUACCAGACAAAGAAGCUCAGUACUCUAAAGAGAAAGAAGAGAUUCAAAUGGAAGAAGUUCAUAUACCCACAGCCACUUCAGAAAGAACAUGUGUAACUGACAAAGAUCAAGAAACUGAAGAGAUACACACAGAAGACAGCAAAACAAAAGAUCUUGAAUCAUCUUCUCAAAGGACAGUCUCUCCAAAACCUGAAUCGGAAUCCAAAGAAAGUUCCAUUACAUCAUUAUCCAAGGAAAUUCCUUUGUCUGGAUCAGAUAAAAUAAUGGAUUCAAAACAUGAUUUACCAAGUAAAGACGAAUUUACCCACAAAUUAGAUACCACCAAACCUGAUACCCCAGCACCACUGGAUCAAGAGCCAGAGAAAUCAGUUGUAGAAGGAGCAAAACGAAUUUCUGUGUCAAGCUCAGAGACAGAAGAUGUAGAAUAUCAGACAGAUCUUAUAGACAGAACACAACAGUACAGAGAUGACCAACACCUGUCAACCUAUGAAACAGAGACCUUCCUGUCAGUAUCAGACAAAAUGGACAUUGGUUCUAAGCUGAAUUUAGAGUAUAAAGAGAAGUGUCUUGAGGACAUUAAAACUGGAGCUUUAUUUUCAGCAAUGGAAACAUCAGAGAGUAGCAUAAAAACAUCACUAGGAUCUGAAUUUCCAACAAAGUACUCAGAUAAUGAAGAAAGUACUGAAGAAGAUGAAGGAGAUGCUGUCUGCAUGGGGGGUGCAGGUUCAAGACCAUUGUCAGUAGAACCACGGGUCUUAGAGGAAAGAAAGGAAAGUUUCACUGAACAAAUUUCAUCUACAGUAACAGAGAUAGAUGACAAAACUGUAUUGAAAGAUACGACUGAAAUUUCACCAGAGUUAGAGAAAGAGAGCAAGGAACCCAAGAUCACAUCUAUUUCAAUAGCUCUUUCAGAACAUAGUACUGUGGCAUCAACACUUGAGCUAUCAACUCCUGCAUCCAGUCAGGCAAGUGUUGAGGAGUUCCAAAAACCUGAGACACUGCCUUCUUCAGCGGACAUCUGUAAACCUGAGAAAGAAGUGGAGAGAGAGAUGGAAAGAGAGCGAGAAAUGAUCUCUCCAGUGUUAGAAACAUCCAUGUCAGGUUUUAAAAAAGUGGACAGUCUUGAAAAGACUGCUGAUGAUACAGCAAAAACAGAAAAAGAGAAAAUGGAUGACAGUAGCACCCAUCAACCAGAAAAAUGGAGCUAUGAAGCUUCUAAAUAUGAGCCCUAUGAAAAACCAGUCUCAGAGGAUCUUGAGAAGGAUAAAGAGGACAAAGAUAAAUUUACUAAAAUGAACCUUGACAUAAAUGUAGGUGACACUAGAAGGGCUAGCCAGUCAUCUCUACAGGGAGCUACAUGCCAAAUAGAUGAGCAAAGUGAUGAUGAACCAGUAUCAUUCAGCAAGGUUGACUAUGAUAUGUCUUUCUCAGAGAUGAAGACUAGUGUCCUUAGUGGACCCAGUACCUGCUUUGAGCAAGAUAAUAAGGUGAGUUACCGAGAAGAAGAAGUAGAUGUGGACAAGACUUCUGACAGCAAAACCACCUCUGUAGCUGGAUCAAGUUCUUUUUCUUCCAGUGAGGUCCAAGACAAAUCAGAGAAAUUAGAAAGAGAAGAGAAAGAGAAAGAGAAGACACCUGCCAAAGAGGACACAAGUUCUCACUAUAAAGAAGAAGAAAAAGACACUUCCUCUGAAUUGUCAUCAAAAUUACUUUGUCCCUCUGCCUCCAGUCUACCACAAGCUGUAUGGUUAGACACUGCCGAAGAAAAGGACAUAAAGAUAGAAGAGACAAUGACCAAGACACCUCUUCAAGCUGAGACUCAUGUAGAUGAUAUGACUUCCAAACAUGGGCUGGUUUCCCAAGAUCAGAUAAGUGUAGAGUCCACAACAAUACAGUCAACCUCAUAUCAGACUGAGAACAUACCAGAUAGUCAGACCACUACUGCAGAAAAGAUGGACACAAAGACAGCAAAGCAAGUAGGUGAAGAAUCAUCAGACAAACAAGACCAAAUUUCUUCUGGUAGACCUACACCACCAGAGAACACUAUGCUCCCUGAUCAGUCAGCUCCUGUUGAUGUAAGCAGCCAUGAUUCAUCUCCUGAGGAGCAACAUGCGCAUGAAAGUGUCCUUGCAUCAGAGUGCACAAGUAUUGCAAGUUCUCUGACCAGCAAAUCACAGCUGGCAAGUGGUGAGUCAGAAAUAUUCUCAGUCAAAAGUGAACAAAUUUUUGCCGAAGAAGUAGGAAAUUAUAAAGAUAGGGAAGAGGAAGGUGAAGACGAUGAGGCCAGUGAUUUGGGUAUGGAAAAAGGUGCCAGAGAGAUGUCUGAGAAAGAAUCAAAAGCUGCUUCAGAUGCAAUGGAUUCUAAAUCAAGUGGUGCAGAAGAGGAUCCUUUACAGGGGAAGACAGCUGAAUCACUUACUAAAGACAUUGUUAAAAUUUCUGGGGAGACAGUUACAACAGCUCUAACAUCUACACAUGAAGUAGUAAGCACAGACAUCGAGCAGUCAAAGGAAAAGGACAGCAGUUUACCACAUCCUGAUCUAAGCAAGGCUAGUGAGCAUAAGCAAGAAUGUGAUCUAGAGAAGAGCGCUGAUAAAAAAUAUGAGGGAGCAGGUUCUCAAACUGCCAUGUUAGAUACAACUCAGUCUUCAUCCUCUUCAUCCUAUAGUUAUUCCUCUUCAACUUCUGCUUCAUAUUCUACAGGUCAACACUAUGGUGAGGGACUUUUAGAGACCCCUAUUACUAUUCCCAGUGCUCAUUUAAGGACUGAUGCUGAUAGUAUAUCAUAUGAUUUCAAAGAAGAGGAAUCUCUUGCAAUAGAUUCAUCCUAUUUGAGCUCUGGUGUACAGUCAAGAGAUGAAGCCAUGGAAGUUUCUGAAAAGUUCAUAUCUGCAACAGCUGAGUCUGCAUCCAGUUUUGCAAGGUUUUCUCCACUCAGUCCUUUGGAAGAGACCAAGUCUUUCCUUCAAGACCAGGUAUCCUCAGCAGAGGAAAAAUCAGAGGAAGAAUUAGCAAGUAUUAGAUCAGAUAAAGAUAAACCUUCUGAACAAAAAGACGUGUUAGUGAGUGACCUACAGUGCUCAAAAGCCCCUGAUUCUGCCAAAAUUGCACCGCAGCAGCAUGAAGUAGUUUCUGCUCCACCAGCUAUGUUUGAUAUUGCUCCUCUAAAGAAAGCUGACUCAACAGAAAAACACUCCCAUGAAGAAUCCUCUGACAUUGAACAAGAAGAAGGGACUUUACCCUGUAGAAUUGAAUGUGACCGAGUUGCAUCCCAUGAUCAGAAAUGUAGCACAGAGCCUGGACAUGUUGAUGUCACCUCAACAAUACACUUUGCUCAGUCUAAUCUGGAGACACAGUCACCACAGUUGUCAGUAGAACAGUCAUCCAAUGGGCCAACAGAAGUUUGCACAGACUCACAUGUAGUUUCAAGUAAAGUAGGUGAAGUUGACAUCAAAUGCCUACCAGAGCCAAAACAGGCAGAGGUGGAAAAAGAGAAAGAAGAGAAGAAAGAUCAUGUAGAGAAGAAAGAUCACGAGGUACCUUGUACUCCAAAAGAGUCAGAAGAUCAAGCAGUUCAGCAAAAGGAGAAAAAAGAAGAGUUGAAGAUAGAGGAGGCGAUCCCAGGAAAAGAGAAGAUGGGUGAGAAGAAAGAGAAAAAAGAAGAAGAGCAGAGUAAGAUGGAUGAUAAAGUGGAAUAUGAAAAGAUUGACAUGAAAGAGAAGGAGCAAGAAGUUAAAGAAAAAUCUGAUGAAAAACAAGAGAGUAAAGAAGUGGGAGAUUUCAUGAAAGAUGUAAAAGAUGAGUGCAAAGAGAAAGAACAGCUGGAAGAAGUCAAAGAAGAAUUUGACUGCAAGCCUGAGGAUGGAAAGCAACCAGUAAAAGUAGAUUUGCCAGAAAAAGAUACCAAGAAAACAGAUGGAGAUGAGUCAAUUCAGAAAAGCACCUCCGUCUCUGAGAUGACUCAGGAGACUACUACUUGUUCAACUGCUAUACCUGACAGUACAGAGGAUGUGUCUAAACAUUUGCAAGAUGAGAAAGAAAAGAAAGAACAGCUGGAACAUGACUUAAAAGAGCAGAAAGAUCUAACUGUUUCUCAUUCAAGUGAACAAACCUCUCAGCCAUCUAAAGAAUUAAAGGAAGAUUCUACUCGACCUUCUGAACUCAGCAUGGAUGCCAGCUCCUCUUACUCACCUUCACUUUACAAACAUCACAAAGGAGAACUUUCGCCAUCAUUCAUUAAUCCAAGCCCACACCAUUUAUCUAGUGAGGAGGAAGAGGAGGACGUAAGAAGCGAUUGUUCAAAGGAAGAUGAUUUUGACGAUGAACGUGAACAACAUUCUGUUAAAAGGAGAUCACACAAACAACAGCGUCAUCAUUCUCAUAGUCACCAUGGAGACAGCAAGGAAGGAAUCCAUGCUCCUACUAGUGGUGUGGCAAGUGGUCAUGGAGUAUCACUUGCAGGAGAAGAAACUCCUCCAACCUCUCUGAGUGAAUCUCUUCCUUCCCAGUCUGAUUCGGAUGUACCCCCCGAGACAGAGGAGUGUCCAUCCAUCACAGCUGAAGGAAACCUUGACUCUGAUGAGGAUGCAGAGCAUUUACCAGUGGACAAGAUGUCAGCUACUAGUGGAAGUGGAGGUGGUCUUCAUUCAUCGUCUCCAAGAACCCAUGAUCCUCCGCCUGUCCCAAUGAAAGACCCUGUCCCACAGCCCCCCAAACCUGAUGUGUGCAUGGUAGACCCAGAAGCUGUUUUAAAUGGGCAAAGCCACACAGAGAGACCUAUGAAGAAAGAUCUUAAAACCAACAAAGGGUUGAGGAAAACUCUAGGGAAGCAAAAGUCUUCAUCUCCUGCACGUAAAGGUGACGGAAGGAGCAGGAGGUCCACAACACCUGUAAAACAGGCAUCCAAGGACUCCUCACCUCAUGCCCCUUCUAUUAAAAGGUUAGAUUCUGAGAAGACCCUCCGUGCGUCCCGCAUGCCUGAGACACAGGGUUCUAAGGGAGACAACCAUCCAGGAAAAGGACUCGUCAAUGGUGUAAAGAGCAAUUCAGGUUCGAACCAGAAGUCCACCUCUGGAGCUACCCCUGGAACACCUUUCUAUGUUGAUCUUGCCUACAUUCCAAAUCACUGCAGUGCUAAAAAUGUAGAUCAAGAAUUUUUCAAACGAGUGCGUGCUGCUUACUAUGUAGUGAGUGGAAAUGACCCAGGCAGUGGGGAACCAAGUCGUGGAGUACUGGAUGCGCUGCUUGAUGGCAAAGCACAGUGGGGAACCAAUCUGCAGGUGACACUGAUCCCUACCCAUGAUACGGAGGUGACCCGUGACUGGUACCAGCAGACUCACAAGAAGCAACAGGAUCUGAACAUAAUGGUCUUGGCCAGUAGCAGCACAGUUGUUAUGCAAGAUGAGUCUUUCCCUGCCUGCAAAAUAGAAUUUUAGGCAUGCUUUACAUUUAGGGACAAACAAUUUCCUCAUUAUUAAUUAAGACUAAUUAGGACAGUGUAUUCCUUACCAUCCACAGCGUUGCAUCCUACUGACUGCCAUUUAUAGUUUGUAUCUUAGCCUGCAACAGAAGCAGAUCCUUGUGCUCCAAGGCCUUACUAAUAAGGUUUGGUUUAGAAUCCUGAUUUAUGUUCUGUGCUCUUUCAUUGGGCUUGCAAGACCUAGGCAAAGACUGUGAGGUUAAUUUAAUAGAGGUUGUGGCAAACAUCUUCAGUUUGUUGUAUAUUUAGUUUAUUCCCAUAUUCCCAGUGGUAAUCUAUCAGAGACAUGCUAACAUUCAGAUGCCCUAAAUACGAAUUUGAAGCACAAAAUAGCCUUUGCAGUUUAUUACUAUAUAACAUCAAUCCACCGGUUUCUUCAUUAUCAAAGUUAAAAUCCUUUGUUUCACAUUUGUUGUAACAUUAAUCUGGAAUGAAUAUAGGAUCUGUAGGAGUAAUUUGUCAGCAAAAAUUACAAAAAAACCAUUACAGACAACAAAACUGAGAAAAGGUCUGAGUAAGGUAUCAAAGAAGUGUAUAUAGAGCUUUCAUUAUCAAAAACCUAAAUCGUGCUAUGCUGAAAAGGCACAUACUCUGCACAUACCAGCAAAAACAAGCUAGCAACCAGCCAAUAAACAAGCAAACAAAAAUAUAAAGCAUAUGCAAGUGCCAAAUCAAAAUUCUAUAUUAGCACAGCUAACAGACUCUGUUAAAAGUGUUCUGUGACAUGAUUUUCCAAAAUUUUAUGUUGCUCAUAAUUUGUGACCAGGUGUAGUUUGUUCACGCCUUUACGGCUUGGCACUGUAGAUGACCAGCAGCUUUGUGGUAUUUGGCUGACUCGUAUAUACCUGUCAUGGGUGAUGUAAAAAAAGGGAAAUCUGUUAAUAAUUUAAACAGUGUAAAAGGGUUAUAUGUUGGGUUAAUGCAUGAUGCUUGUGCAGCUUAGGUUUCUUUUAAGAAGGUGCAGUAUUUAAGGGUUUUGCUUCUAUAACUCAGUAAUUCUUUGUGUAUUUCCCAACAUACAUAAUUGACAAUUUUAUCAUUUUCAAGAGCUCAGAAAAGUUUUUGAGUUCGGGAGUAGCUUCAUAUGGUUCAGCACAAUGUUCUGAUUCUGAUCAUCCUUUUAAGGCAAAAUUUACAAGAAGCUUUCGUUAGCUUUGAUUUGAAAAGAGGGUGGUUUAUGUAGCAGUACAUGUGGCUGUGUAAAUGAUGGCUUGCUUAAAAGAGCACUAUUUCACUUAUAUCCUGUUGAAAUGGAGAGCAUGGGCCCCUGUUGUGUGCCUUAUGCCGUAACCAUUUAGACAGAAUAAGGGUUUACAGAAUAAUGCAGAAACACUUUAAAUCACGUGGAAAUGAACGCCACUUCGGAACGUUAGCCAGAUUUUGAUGAGGAGGAAUUACAAAUCCUUAGUAGCCUUAUACCAGAUGUACAGUGACACGUUAUGGACUAUUCUAAAGUGUAUCCCAAUCAAUGCAAAAUUAUAAAUAUAUCAUUGUUUUGCACAGAGAACGAUAGUAACAUUUUAAUCUGAAAAAGCCAUUAUAACAGAGGAGUAUGGGUAGAUAGAAUGCAUGUAAAUAUUACCUAACAUUGGGAUUAUUAGGUUAUUUUAAUUAAAUAGAAAUAUUUGUUGAUGGGGCACUUCUAAUAUUUACUGAAACUUGAAUAUAUUAUAGUUGAUUGAAUCUAGUAUGGCAUCUUGAAAUGUAUGAUCAUGUAUAAUCAUGUGUGUCUGUUAAGCAAUGGUUUUAAAGGCCAGUCUGUGUAUAUACAUUCAGUGAGUGAGCUGGAAGACAUCAACUGAGUUUAAAUAAUCUAAAAACCCUAGAGCAACAUAACUAAUAAAUUGCUUAAAUUAAUUUAAUUUUACUUAGAUUUAUCUGACAGCUUCAGUAUUACCUUUGUAUUUUCUUGAGUGUUUUGCUGAGGUGAUUACCAUGUUUAUUUUUUUAAAACACAACACAUAUGUCUCUACAUCUCUAUGUUAAUGUAUAAAGUAAAUGCUUAUACAGUCUUAAUUUUUUAAUUUCUGAAAAGAAAAAAAAAAAAAAGCAAGCCAGUAUUUUAAUCAUAUUAACUAUUAUGGUACUUACUGUACACAGAAAAGCUGAGAUUAGGCCAGGGACUGUGUAUGAAAGAUAUAAAUCCUAAUUCCUGUGACAAACAAUUUGUUACAAUUUUGUUAUAAGUUUCUAAAUCCCUUUGUUCAAUUUUUUUUUUGUGGUAAAUUUUAAUGCCGGUUUCAUUGUUGAAACGAAGCCAAGCACCUAGGAUCUUAAAAUGGAGAAUUAAGUUUAUGUCGUAAUUGUUUAUUUCAGACAUAUUUAUAAUGAUACAUAAUUCAUUAUUAUGGACUACAGCUGACACUGUAUUUUGUUUCAAUCAGUUAACUUUUUUUUUAAUGGGAAUUGAUUUGGAAUAUCUAUAUAUAUUUUUUUUUUUCCUGAAAGGUCCAAAGCAAUGAAAUUACCUCUGGUCCUGUUGACCUCAUAAAUGACAUGAGCCUAUAUGACUGAAACUGCUAUCUAAUCCCAACAUAAACAAACAACUAUACAAAAAGGACAAUAUGUAUUUUUGAUAGGUGAACUGUACAAAAAAAAUGGGAUUCUGUACUGUAUGCUCAUAGGUAUGGAUAUGUUUUUAAUAUUUGGCCUUAGGAACAAGUACUGUCUGGUUUCCUUGAUUAUGUGUGAUUGCUGUGCACAGAACACUGUGCAGUGUAUGCACUAACUUCAUAUUAUUGAAUGUAUAAGUUGCUUUGCUGGAUGCUGCUUGAACAAAACAAAGAGCUAGCAAAUAUGCAUAUGGUACAGUGAACUUUGAGCGAAAUGGUGACAAGACUGUGAUAAGUUUAUACGUAAAACCAUAACUGUAGACUCAGAUUCAGAUAUUACCGGUUUCAGUAACCAUGCAUUACUCUCUCCGUACCAGAAGACUGAAAAUCAUACAAACUACAGGUUUUCUUCUCCUGAAUGACUUGAAUCGUACACGACAAAGUCUAAAGAGCAGUGCAACCUCUCUGCUUAUGUACACUUGUAGACACCAAUCGAAAUAGCAAAUGGCUACAAACUUACUCUUGUGGAACAUUUUCAUUUUGGAGCAUUUUAGCAUCAGUGGAAUUUUACGUUGCAAAAAGCAAGAACAGAGCAAGAUCAGAUAUAAGGUACCUCUUUUGUUUCAGUCCAUUACUCCUGAGUCCAUUCUUCAAAAUGAAUGGCUUUAUCUGCCCUUAUAUCAUGCCAACGCAUCGAUUUCUGCAUGUGAUCUUAUUAGUUAUAAUCCUGAAUGUACUUCUUUAAUAACGAAAACAAGAACACUAUUUUAAAAGGUAUAUUUGAACAAGCUAAUUGUCUUAAUAGUACUGAAAUAUGCAUAUUAUUGGGCUUUGCUUCUGUUUGCCCUAAGAUGUUGUUGAGAAGAUGCUGUGAUAGUUCCUGUUUUUUGCUGCUGUAUGUGUCUUAAUUCUGUUCCUCUUUAGUGCAAUAUAACAAAUGAGCUCUUUCAAUUCCAAACACAAACUUAGAUUUCUGCUUACUGUAAACGGAACCAUCCUAGUCAUCAUGAAUAAUAAUAAUAAUAAUAAA